AUGGUCUCGUCGACGUGCAUCUCAUGUCUGUUUGCCACUGGCAUAUUUGUCUCGCUUAUUCUAACAAUUGCGGGUGUUUUUGGAAUUAUUUUCGGUCCAAAAGUUAUUCAAAAUCAAGUCGUGAAACAAUUACCACUCAGUGCUGAUUCGGAUAAACUCGAUUCGUGGAUUAAUCAACCGGUGCCGACCUAUAUUCAAUUUUGGCUAUGGGAAUGUGUCAAUCCGAACGAUGUUGUACAACAGGGAAGAAAACCAAUGGUUGUUCAACGUGGCCCAUUUACUUAUAUAGAAAAUAAAACAAAAACCGAUGUUUUUUUUAAUCCAAAUUUAACAGUAAGCUUUCGUCAACCGACUUCUUAUACAUUUGUUCGACAUAUGUCUGCAGCUGAUGACAGUUUACCAGUACUCAUGAUCAAUACACCAGUAAUAACGAUUUUAAAUAUUGCACGAAAUCUAUCGAAACCUGCUAUCUAUGAAGAAAUUGUCAAUCUUAUUGCUGAAGUAUUUGAUGAAACUUUAUUUGUAAAACGUACAGCGAAUGAAUGGAUUUGGGGUUAUGAAGAACCUUUAUUUAAAGCAGUCAAGAAAAUACCAAUUGUUGGAUCAUUAAUUCCCGAUGAUCAUUUCGGUUAUUUCUACGGAAGAAAUGCCACCGAUGAUGGAUUGUACACGGUUUUUACAGGUGAAAAUGACAUAAAUCGAUUAAAUUAUAUCAACAAAUGGAAUGGUGGUUCAUAUUUAACCUAUUGGAAUUCAACACAAUCUAAUCAAAUCAAUGGUACAGAUGGUAGUUGGUUUCCUCCAUUAUCGACCGAUAAACUUCAAUCGGAACGUUUGUAUGUAUUUUCCACAGAUGUUUGUCGUUCAAUUUAUCUAACAUUCGACAGUCAUUCAUCAGUAUUAAACAUCCCGACGGAAACAUUUUCGCUUCCAGCCGAAGUUUUCAAUAAUGCAACACUCAAUCCGGAAAAUGCCGGUUUCGGUAAUCUCGAUUCCGGUGUACUCAAUGUUAGUACAUGUCAACAAGGCGCACCGAUUAUUCUUUCACAGCCACAUUUUCUCUAUGCUGCUGAACAUUAUCAAGCACAUAUCGAUGGAUUAGCACCGGAUGCGGAUGCUCAUCGAACUGUACUUCAAAUCGAACCUCAUACUGGAUUCGUUUUGAAUGCUCAAGAACGAAUACAAAUCAAUGUCUAUCUUGAACAUGAUCCAUUAUUUGAUGGUCUCAAAAAUGUGCCUACUUUAAUCAUGCCAGCUGUUUGGAUAAAUGAAUCGACAGUAAUCGAUCAGAAAACAGCCGAUGAUUUUAAAUCUGAAGUUCUUCGAAUAUUUACAAUUAUUCGAUGGUCAUCAAUUGGUUUAGUUAUAUUCGGUACUAUUGCUCUAUUUACUGUACUUCUGUUUUUAACUAAACGACAACGUCAACGAAAACCAAGUUUAUUAUAUGCCGGACUUAACAAUGAACCAGUUUCGAAUCAUGAUGAAGUGAAUUGA